UGUAUUAUAAGUGUACAGUAACUGCUGUAAUAUAGUGCUGUGCUUAAAUAGUAGUAAAUAUGAAGUAUUUUCAUGUUCAAUAAUAGUAAAUAUGUUAAGAGUAAGCUCUUCAAAAAAUUACAAAAUACACCAAUGGGUGUUAGCUUUGGUCAUCUAGGGUUCAUUUUUCUGAAUGUAGCUUGUUGGCUGGACACGUUUUUUCCAUUUAGUUUUUUCAUUAAAUAUCACUGUAAUCCUAAUCACUUUUUUUGCAGGGUGUCAUUUCAGAAUCUCCUCUCCUCAGCGACUCUUUAUAUGGACCAUCAAAAUCUCAGUAUAUCUCUUCAAAAAAGAAUUAUUGAUUACAUGACUCUUCUGUGGUCAAAGUAUCAAGGUGAAGCAAACCCAAAGGGACUUUUUCUAAUGCAUGACUUGCCCAAUGAACUGCAGCAGAUUGUCCUCAUGAAGGAGAGAGGAAAGCUUUUGUCAAAGAUUCCUUUUUUUGAGCAAGCUGGCCCAGCUUUUAUUCGGGAUAUUGCAUCAGUAUCAGAGAUGUAUUUCUUUCCCAGAGGGGAAAUAAUCCAGUACUGUGAUACAAUAACAAGGGAGCUUUUUUGCAUUCAUCGAGGGACAUGUCAGAUUUUAACUGAUGAUUUGUCGGAUAUUGUGGCACUGUAUGGAGAGGGAAUGUAUUUUGGAGAGUCCGGGUUUUUGUUUGGAAAACAAGCUGUCAUGACAAUGCGCGCAAAGACACACUGUGAGAUACUAUCCAUUGAUUUCGACAAAAUGAAACCAAUCCUUCAACGAUACCCUAGUAUAAAAAGACAGAUUGAGAUGAUGCAGACCAAAUCAGACUAUUACAAUCGAAUUUUGGACGCAGUUGGGGGAAUGAUGAUAUCAAAAUCCAAAACAUUAGAAGAGGAUGCUGUAACAGUUCGGAAGAAAGAUGCUGCCUUUGUAUAUGAAGGACGCAGAUAUGCCAAAAAAUCAAAGUGUUACAUUGAAGACUUUGGAAAUUUUCCUAUUUAUGCUGGGGCACGAGAAGAAACAGUUAAGGAACGACUCUUAAAACUCAGCAAAACAAGAAUGAUCCCUCGGAAACCAAGGACAUAUUUAGAGCAUAUGAAAGAGUUUAUCUGCAGGACUUUCCCUACUUUCCUUUUAAUGAGGAAUGCCAUUUUGCCAAGUAAUUCAACAUACAUCAACUGGGAAAUCCUCCGCAUAUUUGUGGCCAUUGCGAUAAGCAUUCUUACUUCACUACUUUUUUCAUUUUUGCACAAGUUUAUAUGGCUCUGGCUUCUGUUGUACAUCCUUGGAGCAUUUUGUUGGAUUGAUAUUUAUAUUCGUAUGCAUGUGGCAUUCUAUAAAGACAAUCAACUCCAAGUUGAUACAUUAGAAACAGCGAAGCAUUAUUUGAAGACCAGUUUUGCUAUAGAUUUCAUCAGCUGUUUUCCCUGGGAAGUUAUUGGACUAAUAUCUGUUGAAAACGGAGGUCAUUUUCAACAUCUUGCACCUGAAGUACUACACAUUUUUGCAUAUCUUAGAAUCCCGCAUAUUUUACAAUUGUACCGGGUUCCUUUGGCGUUUUCUUUCUAUCAGUCUGGGAUUUCUACUGAAAAAACCGCUGUUACAUUUUUUCAGUUUUUUCUCUAUACUGCAUUGCUUAUCCACUUCUGCACUUGCAUGGUAUUUGCAAUUGUAUGCCCUCUUGCAGACCUCAAUGGUGACCCUGCAAAGUAUCUUUUGCCUUUUACAAAACACAACUGUUCUAGAUUGUCAUGGGUAAAUCACUUGGAUUACACCUUUGAUGUUAACUUUGGAACAAUAACCAUUGCACGAUUGUAUUCUAUAAGCUUAUAUUACGCUACUACAACCCUUUGUGGAGUUGGAUACGGUGAAAUUCAUCCUUAUCUAACUUCAAUGAGAAUUGCUAUGAUCUUCAUUAUGGUGGCCGGGGCCCUAUAUAAUGGUCUUGUGUCAGGUACCGUUGCAGCAAUCCUUGGAAAUGCAGAUGCAACAAGAGCUGCCUACACUGAUAAAAUGGACAGCAUAACAUUAUUUCUUAAGAGUCAGAAAAUAACUGGGCACCUGUAUGAAAGCAUCCAGAAAUUUUAUGAAUUCCAAUGGAUAAGGACAAAAGGAAUAGAUAACGGCAUACUCUUUCAAUAUCUUCCAUCGUCACUGUUGGGGGAUGUAUCCACCAUUGUUUAUGCCGAUGUUGUUGCAAAGGCGUUUGGUCUUAAGAUCAAGAAAAAACUAAGGACAGAUUUAUUGGCACAGAUUUUGACUCCAUUGGAGAGGAAGUUGUCAGGAAAACUGGAGCAACCAUUUUUUCAGGAAACACUGAGAAAGGAGAGCAUACAAGAACUGGAAACUGAUGCUGGAUUUAUCCGAUUACUGGCUACACAGAUAAAGCCAUGUCUUUUCAGAGCUGGUGAUAAUAUUUGCAGGAGGAAGGAUUAUGGAGCAGAGAUGUAUUUCAUUGAGAAAGGAGAAGUUGACAUUUUAUCUUUGGACGAGUCAAAAGUUAUCAUUAAACUAAAGACAGGACAGCACUUUGGAGAAGGAAGCUUAUUGUUUGCAGAGCCAAGAGCAACUACAAUAAGGGCAGCGAGAAACUGUGAUAUGUUAAUACUUUCAAAGGAGAGCCUGGAUGAAGCUAUUGGAUACUACCCAAAUAUUUGUAGGGACAUUAAGAAGGCUGCUGAAAGAAAGCGGGCAGAAUUGUUUAAAGCCAGUACUUCUGUCCAAAAAAAAAAGGAAGAUUUCUCAAGAGAUAUUUUAUCAAGAGACACAGGAUAUACUAAGUUUUACAAAGACUUAAUGGAACAGGACCACAGAAAGACACAUCAGAAACAUACUUUCAAAAACAUAAUCCAAUGUAUAGUCAACUUUUCGAAGAGUUUAGUUACAUUUCACAACUCAACUGUUGAUCCACAGAGCAAGAUCCGCAUCUUCUAUCAGUACACAUCUUGUGUGCUUGUUAUCCUUUUGUUUUGGGCAAUAUCAUUUAUGUACACCGUGCAAACUUUUUCUGAACUACUGUAUCAGUUGUGCAUCGGCAUUGAAUGUAUACUAAUAUUUCAGAUCAUCGUGAAGUUCCAUAUCUGUUAUUUUGAUGAAGAUGGACAAUACAACUCUGACUAUAAAUCUGUAUCUCGGAAAUAUUUGUUCAGAAGAAUUGGUUUCUUCUUUGAUAUUCUGACCACUUUCCCAUACACAAUGACAGUGCUACCUUUAAUUGAUUAUAUGCAUCCCGUUAUUUUCAUGUAUUUUAUUGUGACUGUCCGCCUUGGACAUUGUCUCACAAUUGUUUCGGUCUUUGUUUUUAUGAGAGAAGAGGAGAAAUCCAUUGGUACCAAGUAUGUAUACUUUAUAUUUGAAUUACUCGUAUUACAUAUUACAUUGUUUCUACAUACUUUAAUUAACACUGAUAGUCCUAUAUAA